GUAAGAGGUGGUUGUCCCAUUGUACUGUUGUAGUCUGUAGUGUGCACAACGUUGGUGGAAAUUGUCAGAAGAUGGGAGGAUGUUGUGUGAGUCUGACGUUGUUGUUCAGCCUAUUCCCAUUUUUUGCAAUCGCACUAGCUUCUUCUCCGUGCUCUGUCACCGGAUUACCACUGGUGAGAAAUAUCAGUGAGAUUCCUCAGGAUAACUAUGGUAGGGCAGGUCUCUCACACAUAACUGUUGCAGGUUCAAUCUUGCAUGGAAUGAAAGAGGUUGAAGUAUGGCUUCAAACAUUUUCACCAGGAACACACACCCCAAUUCACAGGCAUUCCUGUGAAGAAGUUUUCAUCGUUCUCAAAGGAAGUGGCACUCUUUAUCUUGCUUCAAAUUCACAUGGAAAAUACCCUGGAAAUCCACAGGAGCACUUUAUAUUUCCAAAUAGCACAUUUCAUAUUCCUCUUAAUGAUGCUCAUCAGCUUUGGAACACCAAUGGGCACGAGGAUUUACAAGUGCUUGGUAUAAUAUCUCGUCCACCGGUUAAAGUGUUUGUGUACGAGGACUGGUCCAUGCCUCACACUGCAGCGAAAUUGAAAUUCCCCUACUACUGGGAUGAACAAUGUCAUCAAGAACCUCCAAAAGACGAACUAUGACUUAUAGUCACGUUUUACAUAUAUUUAAUCACUGAGAUUUUCAAUCGCUGUAAAGUAUUUACUUAACUAGAAAUUCAAAAUUGAGAAGUUAGUUUCAUAUUGUUUUGUAUUAUAUCACUGUUAAAUCAGGAAAGACUUGAA